UGUCUCACUGAUUAUGUGGAACAAGCGUGGAAUAAAAUCUCCUGAGAUUACGUCUUGUAACCGAUGUUAGUGAUGCCAAAUAGCAGUCAAGAGGAAAAGCCACUAUGUAGCUGGGUUUUGAGGCCACUGCCCAGGCUGUCCUGACAGCCUGCAGCUCGGCUAUCAGUAGUUUCUGCCCUAGAGGCUGACCUCGACCCCAUGGAUGCUUGCAGCACUUUGCAGCUGUCACACAGGAUGGAGCAGAUGGCAAGAGCAGUAUUGCUGCUGCCACUGGUUGUCAGCACAGUUGCUUCUUUGGAGCUGUGGCUGCCAGGCAGGGAGGUCGUGUACCGUUAUGAAACCAGUCUGGAAGCUGGCACGAUAUUCCCUGUGGCGACGGUAUCACAGUGGAACAUGACUGGAAAACUUGUUGUGCAGGGUGCUGGGCAUAUGGCAGUAGUGCAGCUACAAGACCUGAAAGUGUCAAUGUAUAAUGGCCCAAGAAUUCAUGACACACAAGUAGUGGAAACCCCAUUACCAGAGCAGGCCAGCCAACUGUUGCAACAAUUUAUAAUCCAUUAUGAUGCAGGACAGAUUAUAGGUCUGUCUGUUAAGGCAGGAGAGGAUGAAUGGGCCAUCAACAUGAAGCGGGGAUUGGCAAGCCUGCUGCAGCUGGAUUUGUCACACCUCCAGUCCGCUGCAUUCAUCAGCGCUGAGAACAGUCACUAUGGGCACUGCGAUGUGGAAUACUCAGUCCAGAGGCAGAGUAAUGAGAUGCUGGCAGUCCGCAAGUUUGUCAACUUCUCCAGUUGCAUGGACUUCCCAGUAAAAAAAUUUGGCUAUGUGCAGAAGGUGUGCCCAUCAGGGGCUGCCCAGGAGACUGUAAGCUCUGGUAGUGUGCGUGCCUAUGUUCUGGAACCAUCUGGUCCUGCCGGCCACCUGGUAAUUCACAGUAUUCAAGCUGAUGGGGUCACCCACCUGCAGCAUUUCGGAGUGCAGUCCGACUCAUACGUCUUGUGGUCGUGGGUUGGUCUGUACCUGCAACAGCAGGGCGACAUGGUCGUGCCCCUAACUAUGAAGGGAGGUGGUCAAAGAGUGGGAUUGACUCACCAGGUUCCAGGAGCAGAUAUGUCGCAGGGGCGCAGCCACCCUAGCCAGGAGGAUCUGCUCAUCACGGUGGCUAAGAUCCUUGGGGAUUUGGCAGAUAGCCUCGAAUGGCGGCACCUGGAGACUGACCGGGGAAUGUUGCAUGAAGAGCAUGUGGUGCAUGCACUUCACUUACUGUCCCUGCUGAAUCAGGCCAGCCUCCAGAAGUUGUACUCAGAACUGGAGUUUGGCACCAGCUACCAACAUGAGACUCUCAGGAACCUGUUCCUGGAGAUGCUGCCCCUUGUUGGGUCUCGUGACUCCAUCUUGUUGGUGCGAGACCUCAUGGUGAGAAGGACCUUCCAGAAUGAUACAGCUGUUCAGCUCCUGUCUUCCCUCCCAUUCAGUGUCCGCGAGCCAUCGGAACAACUACUCACAGAUUUGGAGGUGCUGCUGUUGCUGCCAGAGGGCACGCUGGAGCACCAGGCAGCAGUUCUGAGCUUUGCCACGCUGGUGAACAAGGUGUGUAGCGUCAGGUGUGCCCAAGAGACCCUAGAUAAGUAUGUGGGUCGAUACCUGGACCUGUUCACAGGCAGCUCAGACCAUGCCUCUCAGAUGCUGUAUCUGGUGGCCCUCGGCAACUUUGAGAUACGACGAGUACUGCAGUUCUUGGCGCCCAUCAUACGUGGUGACGAUACCGAGUACUCGCUUCAUAUCCGCAUCCUGGCCGCAUGGGCCACGAUGGGUCAAGCCGCAUUGCAGCCAGACCAGGUAUAUCACCUGUACUGGCCACUGCUGACAAACAGAAGUGAGUACCUGGAGGUGCGGGUGGCUGCCUUUACGAUGCUGGUGCUGUCUCGGCCGACCCUGGCUCGCUUCCACAACUUGAUGCUCAUCUUGCGACAGGAGCAGAACCCGCACCUGCGUCACUUCUGGUACACAACGCUGCACUCAUUGGCGCACACUCACUGCCCCUGUUACAGCCACCUGAGAGAGGUGGCCAGGAACGUGGCGCGGUUCAUUGCAGAGCCUAAAGUGCGCCGCUGGGCCACUGGCAACUACAUACUGGACUAUAGAGACCCAGAUCAUGGGUUCGGUUCCCUGGCCCACCUCAUCAUAGUGGCUAAUCCUCGAACAGGACUGCCAGCUUCGUUCUUCCUGGAUUUCAGUAGUCAUGCAAUGGACUUCAGCUAUAAUCAGUUUAGUAUCUAUGUCAGGCUGGACGGACUGGGAGAUGCCAUGAAGCGGCAGCUCAUGCACGCCGGGUCUGUCAAUGUCACACAGUUGAUACACCUGCUGCAGCAACUGGAGGUGCCGGUGAACCCGUCGGAGCCAGUUCACGUGGAACUUCUGGUCAGAUUGCAUAACAAAGCCGUGCUUGUUCACCACGCAAAUCAGAGCACACUCAGCACACUGUUCCGAGUUUUGAAUACCGUACAGCUACUAGCAAGUGGCGGCGUUCAUCUGAAUGCCCAGAACAUCAUUGUUCCUCUCCUGGUGGAGGAGACACGAGCCACAGACCUCGGAACAAAUGCCAUACUAAAGGUGUCUUCUGGGUGGCUGGUGUCUGUUCGUGCAAAUUUCACAGUCAACCCAGUGCACUCUAGUGGGCUGCAUGUGCGUUCCUUGCUCAACUCCCGGACAGCUCUGAUGCAGUACAAUCCAGUUAUGAAUGUGUGGCAUGGCGUGGAGCAGUCAGUCAGUAUACAGGUGAAUGUCCCAUUCAGUCUUAAGGCUUCUUUCAACACAACACAGCAGAGCAUCAGGUUCACCGUCCGGCAAACUCCAGGCGAAGAGCUGGGUCUAGUGACGCACAUGCGCACCGCUGUGUUUGUGAAGGGUGUUGCAGCUGCCACAGAGCUGAAGUCCCACUGCUCAAGUUGUCCUUUGUAUGUUUCUGUCAUGAGGAAUGCUCCACAACCCCUGUUGCAAAAUCUGGUUCACGUAGAGCUAUCUGGUUUGAGACUUGAGAUGGCACUCCUGGACUGUGAUCACUCAUACAAAGAUGAUGAUUUGGCAACACUGAUACACCAUGUGAUAGAACACCAUAAAGACCAUGUGUUCCCAGCUGGUAGUCCCCUGCUCAGGCUGGCCCAUCUGUUGGACUACAUGAUUUUGUUGCCCCAUAGUAACAGCUGUGGCCUGUUGGCAAGAAUAUUGCCCACUGGGACACAGCCUAUAGAGUCAUUUGUCCUUGUUCAGGUGGCGAUGAGUAUUCGAGGCCAGAGGAUGGAACAGUUGGACACGCUGCCUGCUGGAGAUAGCAGGCUGCAGGUGCAUGUGACGCGAACCCCAGCGAGUAGCACCUCACCCUAUUGGGACAUGGCUGUAUUGUAUGGUCAUUCCGCAUCCCUCUCAAAAUACAAGCUUACCACAGAGGUUACCAUCAACAAUGGACACAAGAUGUGUGUGGAUGUGACAGCCUUCAUAAAGCCUUCAGACUUUGUGGUGUCCAUAUUUUGCCCAAGGUCUCACUCUGCCACUGUCAUGCUGACUUCCUUUUCGGGUCACCCCACUGAUGGAGAACAUUCCAGCCUGCAAGUUACGGUGCAUGGACAGGCAGCUGCUGCGGAGUGGAGUGCAGCCUGGCCGUAUAGCGCGUGCAGAAGGGACCUCCAAGAAGUACGGCUGUGGAACAGCCACUGCCUGCCUCUCACACACGCCUGCUAUGAAAUAGUGCAUGAGAUAGCAACCCUGCGCUAUUACAAUAUUUCCAUCAGUUCCAGCAAUCUGCCAGCAUGGACAGAUGCUCUUCUGGACCUUGGGCCCUCCAGACUGGUGUCUGCACUCUCCAGUAACAUCACUGCACAUCUCGCUGUACCCCAAGAAUCCAGUCCUGUGCUGACAGUGAAUGGCUACAAGAUGGUGCUGGGAUCAUCUGUCAACACAAGACUGCAGCCAUUGCUAAUCAACACACAGUUCUCCCCCGUGCAGCGACUUCUCACGCACGUGAGGCUAGUGGGUUCCUGUGUGCUGACCCUACACAAUGUGUGGACACUGGAUGGAGCAAACCUUACAACAGAUGUGCCUGCUUGCUAUGCGCUUGCCAUUGCAGACUGUUCCCUCCAGCCCCAAUUUGCACUGUUCAUCAGGAAAGUGGAAGGCACCGUUUUACCUCUGGCUGUGAAAAUGUAUGCUGCUGGCAACCAGAUAGAAGUGUUGCCAACUGCAGAUCAGGUGGCCAUUUCAGUGAACAACCGGACAGUGACAAGUCCGCAGGAAGGCUACCAAUACCCGUCCACAGGCAGUAACUAUGUCUUUAGGGUGUGGCAGCAGGUAGACGGGCUUGUCCGGAUUCACUUGCAAGAAGCCCACGUGUGGUUGGAGUACUAUGGGCACUUAGCUACAGUGUCAGUACUAGGCUUAUAUCAUGGAGAUCUGUGUGGGCUGUGUGGUGAUUAUAAUGGUGAUGAGGGUGAUGAUAUAGCACAGGUGUUCACGCUGACAUGUCCCGAUGGACAGUAACCUGCUGCUCAGUUCAGAAAAUAUGUCUUCAAGAUGAAGUAUGUAUUCUUUUCUAGAUCUGUGUGGUUCAGAGCCAGUUUUAAUCUUCUGGCUAGCCAGGUGGGGAUCAGUUUCGUUUCGGUGCAAUAAAACACGUUGACUAUA